UUGCUUUGGUGUCAACUGUCAAGUCUCAACCAAACCAAUCUCUGUUUCCAUGACAGUGAUUGUUUCCACCAUUCAAUUCGCUCUUUUCUCUUCCAAAUCCUUCUUCUCAUUUGAUCGGAUUUUAUUUUACACAAACAUGUUGCGUGCAGCAUCAUUCUCCAGGUUCAGCUUCUCUCUUCAUAUUGUGCCCUAUGUUUUCCCUUUUCGCUUUUCUUCCUGUUCAUGUUCAAUGUCAAGCCUUCACUCUCAUUCUCAGCUCACAUCCCCUCGCCAUGUUGAUGAAGCUGUUGAUUCCUUCACUCGCAUGCUCUCUAUGCGUCGCCCUCCAUCCAUCAUCCAAUUUAACCAGAUUUUGGGGUCUCUUGCCAAGACGCACCAUUUCCCCACCGCCAUUUCCCUUUUUCAGCAAUUGCAAACCAGGGGAAUUGCGCCCAGCAUAGUUACGAUGAAUAUUUUAAUCGAUUGUUGCUGCGACAUGGGUCGAAUCACUCUCGCUUUCUCUGUAUUGGCCAAGAUUUUCAGGAUGGGUUUUCAGCCAAAUACCAUAACAUUGAAUACACUUAUUAAAGGUCUCUGUCUCUGUGAUAAUGUUGAAAACGCACUGCACUUUCAUGACAGAGUGCUGGCUCAUGGAUUUCAGUUUAGUCAAGUCACUUAUGGCAUCUUGAUUAAUGGACUCUGUAAGACCGGACACACAUCUGCUGCUAUUCAAGUGUUGAGAAAGAUCCCACAGUAUGGGAUUGCUCCUGAUGUCGUCAUGUACAACGCAAUUAUUGAUAGCUUGUGCAAGGAUACGUUUGUAAGUGAUGCUUUCCAUUUAUACUCUGAAAUGCUUGCUAAGGGAAUCUCUCCCAAUGGUAUCACGUACAACACUCUAACUUAUGGAUUGUGCCUUGCGGGCCAACUCAAGGAAGCCAUUGAUUUACUAAAUCAUAUGAUGCUGAAAAACAUUAAUCCAAAUGUUCGUACCUAUAAUACUUUGAUUGAUGGACUAUGUAAGGAGGGAAACAUGAAAGAUGCUAAGAGUGUGUUGGCUGUGAUGACAAAAGAUGCUGUGGAACCAACUGUGGUUACUUAUAAUUGUUUAAUGGAUGGGUAUUGCUUGGUUAAUGAAUUACAUAAGGCAAAAUAUGUAUUCAACACAAUGGCUCAAAGUAGAGUGUCUCCUAAUAUCCGGAGUUACAAUAUCAUGGUUAAUGGGUUAUGCAAGAAAAAGCUGGUCGAUGAAGCAUUGAGUCUCCUUGAAGAAAUGCAUCGCAAGAACCUGGUUCCAAACACAAUAACUUACAAUACCCUAAUUGAUGGCUUGUGCAAAUCAAGGAGAAUCUCUUGUGCUUCAAAGCUUCUCGUUGAGAUGCAUAAUAGAGGUCAACCUGCUGAUAUAUUCACUUACAAUUCCUUGUUGGAUGGGAUGUUCAAUAUCAAACAACUUGACAAGGCACUUGUGUUAUUUAAUCAAAUGAAAGAGAGUGGCAUUGAUCCAGAUAUAUACACGUAUAAUAUACUUAUUGAUGGCCUAUGCAAAGGUGGAAGACUUACAAAUGCAAAAGAGAUUUUUCAAGAUCUUUCUAUUAAAAACUAUCCUCCAAAUGUGAGGACAUGCAAUAUUCUGAUCAAUGGGCUCUGCAAAGAGGGCUUAUCUAAAGAAGCAUUGGCCCUGCUGUCAGAAAUGGAAGACAACGGUUGCUUACCAAAUGCUAUGACUUUUGAAAUCGUUAUUCGUGCUUUGUUUGGAGAGGGUGAGAAUGACAGAGCGGAGAAACUUCUUCGGAAAAUGAUUGCUAGAGGCUUAUUGAAUGGAUGAAAGAAAAGAAUCUCCCGUGCUUUGGAGCUUUUGAUUGAGAUGCAUGAUAAAGGUCAACCUUCUUCUAUAUUCACUUACAAUUUCUUGAUAGAUGCCUUGUGCAAAAGCUGACAACUUGACAAGGCACUUGUGUUAUUCAGUAAAAUUGAAGAGAUUGGCAUUCACCAAAUAUACACUCAUACAACAUACUUAUUGAUGGCCUACGCAAAAGUGGAAAACUUAAACAUGCUCAGGAGAUUUUUCAGGAUCUUCCUGUUAGAGGCUAUCAUCUAGACGUCCAGACAUACAAUAUUAUGAUCAAUAGUCUUUCUAGAGAGGAUCUGUUUGAAGAUGCAUUGGCCCUGUUGUCAAAAAUGGAACAUGAUGAUUGCAUUCCUGAUGCUGUGAGUUUUGAAUCCAUUAUUUGAGCUUUGUUUGAAAAAGAUGAGAAUGAUACGGCAGAAAAACUCUUUCGUGAAAUAAUUGCUAGAGGCUUAUUGAAUAGAUAAAAGAAGGUCAAAUACAUCUCAAAUUAAAAUUACAUUUCUAUUGUUGUUGAAUAUGUAGAAUAGUUAUAUAAAUUCUCUAUACGCUGGGGCAGAGGACUUUGGCAUUGCCAUGACCUCACUAUCACGAAUGUUUUGACUAUCUCAAUUUUAUUCAAUUAAGUUUGCACUUUUGAUUUUCACAAUUGUUAAUAA